AACUAAAUUAUUAAAAAAUCGAGCACAAUUUCUUUGACCUCGGACUUUCAUUAACAUCUCUCCGAAACACGUAGACACAAGGCAAAGAGAGAAGAAUCAGAGAAAUGGAGAACCAAUUGGUGGAGCUUUGCUUACAAGCAGCCUCUGUAAGCAGGGAUAGCAUCGAGAAAUGGCGGAGGCAGAGACGGACACUCGAGCGCCUGCCUUCUCAGCUCGCCGACUCUCUCCUACGCCGCCUCAUCUCCCGUCGCAUCCUCUUCCCUUCCUUGCUCGAAUUAUUCAAACACAGCGUAGAGGAGCUUGAUCUGAGAGGGGAGAGCUCUGUUGACGCCGAAUGGAUUGCAUACAUAGGAGCCUUUCGUUACUUGCGAUCUUUAAAUCUUUCUGAUUGCCGUAGACUCACUACCUCUGCUCUUUGGCCUAUUGCAGGGCUGGAGAGUUUGAGGGAGUUGGACCUUUCUAGAUGCUCCAAGGUUACUGAUGCUGGCAUUAGGCAUCUUCUAACUAUUACAACUUUGGAGAAAUUGUGCAUUUCUGAAACUGGUGUGUCCGCAAAUGGGGUUAUGCUUCUCUCUUCACUUAGAAACUUGUCUGUCCUGGACUUGGGGGGUUUGCCUGUCACUGAUCUAGCACUGAGUUCUCUCCAGGUACUUACUAAACUACAAUACCUUGACCUUUGGGGGAGUAAAAUAACUGACAAAGGUGCUGCUUUUCUUCAAAUGUUCCCUAAGUUGAGUUUCCUCAAUCUAGCCUGGACCAAUGUCACGAAGUUGCCAAAUUUGUCAUCCCUUGAAUGUCUGAACAUGAGUAAUUGUACAAUUAAUACUCUACUUGAAGGAGAUAUUAAUAAAGCUCCUUUAACCAAGCUUAUUGUUUCUGGAGCUACAUUCGGGGAUGAGUUUGAAGCCUUCCAUUAUAUUGAAACAACUUUUUUGACAUUUUUGGAUGUAUCCAACUCUUCACUUCACAGAUUCUACUUCUUAUCUCAUCUAAAUUCUCUGGAACAUUUGGAUCUCAGCCGUAGUAUGAUAGGGGAUGAUUCCCUUGAACUGAUUGCAUGUAUUGGAGUAAAUUUGAAAUAUCUAAAUCUUAGCCACACCAGAGUCAGCUCUGCUGGAGUUAAAACUUUAACCGGACAUGUACCCAAUCUUGAGUUUUUGUCAGUAUCUCACACAUCGGUGGAUGAUGUUGCCAUUUCAUAUAUGAGCAUGAUGCCAUCUGUGAAGGUUAUUGACUUGAGCAGUACGAACAUUAAAGGUGUCAUUCACCAGGUUGGGCCUGAGUCAGAUCCAGUCCUCUCUCUGUCAGCACUUCAAAGUCUCCAACAUCUGGGACGGUUGAAUUUGGUAGAUACGCAAGUUACGGAGGCAGCUCUAUACCCUUUAGAAAACUUCCAGGAGUUACGCGAGUUAUCAAUUAAAAGUGUUUCUCUUACAGACAUCUCCUUUAACUAUACGUCAUCUAUGCCAAAGCUGACAAAUCUUCGCAUUCAUGAUGGUGUUCUGACAAAUUCUGGGCUCAAUUCAUAUAAACCCCCCUUGACUCUAAGAAUGAUGGACCUGAGGGGUUGUUGGCUCUUAACCGAAGAUGCAAUCUUAUCCUUUUGUAAAACUCAUCCUCAUAUUGAAGUAAGGCAUGAACUUGUUCAUAUCUACCCGUCCAAGCAGAUUGUUUCUAAUAGUGCAUCUUCUUCACGAUCAACUUUAAAGGCUUCACAAGCGAAGCAGAAGCAGGAAGUAUCCGUGUUGCCAUGCUUUUUAGAUCAAAGAUUGAAGUAUAGCAGAGAGGAGCUACUUGCGCUACAGUAUUCAUCGGUAUCCCGUGCUCCUCCUCAUGAUAGGGACGUUGUAUUAUCUAACACACAAUCAGAUUGAACCGGAGCAGUUCCGACAGUUCCAUGCAGAUUAGUUGCCAUGCUUUUGCGCUUGUGUGCUAUACUUGUCUACCAUCAUAUCGUAUACUUGGUACACAAUUGCACUAUCCUGUAAAUCAUAGCAUAGCUAAGAUCCUUUUUCUGUUUCUUUUCCAAAGAUGGCCACAAGCCACUUUAGAAAAUGAGAUUGAGUGAGUCGACAAUGUGAUAUAUUGAACUGAUAGAUGUGGAUGUGUAAGAUGAAUUUCCUGAUAACAGAAAGCGACGCGCCGCUUUGUGGUUUGUCC